UCGCCAUGGCGUCGUGUCUCUGCUCUCUCAGUAACAGAAAGUGGCCGCCUCUCUGCUGUUGCUGCCGACUCAAAGCUCACAGACUCGCUUGGUGCCUCAAACCGCCAUUUUGGAGUCAGAGAACCGAGAGUCGGCAGCAGCGACGAGAGAGGCGAAAAGGGGGACACGGGGCCCAGGUGAGAGACUCCGUGGUGGUUGUUAUGGCGAAGGAGCAAUGGGGGAAGAUGGCCGGGAGGAAGAAAGAAUUAGAACACAGGGAUCAUUCGUUCACCAGGCAACCGACUACCCGCUCGUGUCCGCAUAGAGGGGUUUAUACCCUUUGUCAGAUCAUUAUUCUUGGAAUCAAGUGCAAUGAUGUACUUAACUGAGAAGUAAAAGUUGCUGCCCUGCUGGGCAGAGGAGUCUGUGUUGCAUGGCGUCAGGGCAGGGCGGCCAGCUGGAGGUUGGGGCUUCAGGAACCUCUGUCCUGGCCAAACCUCUCUACCUGCAACGUUUAGAAAGAUCACUGAGGUUGGACAGUUUCCUGCGUCAAACUGCUACCAUCUUCAACAGAGACAUAACCAGUGAUGAUAGCGAUGACAGUGAUGGUGCAUUGGGGACUGGGCUCUCCCUGGACCACUCAGCACAACAUACAGCUUUGACAGUGAAGAGUGAGUCAUGUGAACACGGUGAUGGAUUGGCAGAAAGCAAGACUCUUAAUGGAGUUUUGCUACAAGGUAAAGACCAAAAAGCAGAUAAAGCAAGCCUCUACAAUUUCUCCAAGGUGAAGAAAAACAGGAAAUGGCUCAAGAGUAUCCUGUUGAGUGAUGACACCACGGACUCGGACACAGAUUCAGAUGAUUCUGAUUUCAGUUUGUCUCGGGAGGAGCUGCACGACAUGCUGAGGCUGCAUCGCUUUACCAGGCAGCAUCAGAGCAAGUUCCACUCUGACCGUGAGCUGCACCAGUAUCAGUACUACAGCACUGGGCUCUUGUCUACUCAUGACCCAUUUUAUGAGCAACAUCGCCAUUUACUGGGCCCUAAGAAGAAGAAAAUCAAAGAUGAGAAGAAAUUCAAGGCUAAACUGAAAAAGGUGAAGAAGAAGAAGAAACGGGGUGAGGGAGAGUUUCUGGAAGAGGGGCAUCCUUACAUCAACAAGGUCUUUGCAAGGUUUUCCCAUGAUGCUCCGCUGCCUAUCGUGAAGAAGAAACAUCUGACCAUCGAACAGCUGAAUGCCCGGAGACGCAAAGCCUGGCUGACCAUUGCCAAAAAGGAGAUCCCCAAAACUUUCAAGCAGAAGACCUCUGCUAAGAACCUGGUGUUGACUAAUGCUAAAAAGCUGGCUCACCAAUGCAUGCGAGAAGUGCGGCGUGCAGCUAUCCAGGCUCAGAAGAACUGCAAGGAGACGUUACCUCGAGCUCGACGCCUUACGAAGGAGAUGAUGCUUUAUUGGAAGAAGUAUGAGAAAGUGGAGAAAGAGCACAGGAAGAGGGCAGAGAAGGAGGCGCUGGAGCAACGUAAACUGGACGAGGAGAUGAGAGAGGCCAAGCGUCAGCAGCGCAAACUAAAUUUCCUCAUCACUCAGACGGAGCUGUACGCUCACUUUAUGAGUGGUAAAGCCAGCAUUGGUGGUCCAGGAGGGGAUGCCGCGCAGGAAGAAAUUCUUAGAAAGCUUGAAGACACUGGGGCUCAAAGACAGAUAGACAUUGGAGGGGGCGUAAUGGUCAACAUGGGACAGGAGGAGUAUGAUAGUGAUUACUACAAGUCUCAGGCUCUGAGGAAUGCCAAAGAAGCCUACCAGAUUCAUCAAGCGAGUACACGAAUGUUUGAUGAAGAGGCAAAAGACAGUCGCUGCGCGUCCCUGCAUGCAGCAGUCGGCUUGUCCUCAGGUGCUGUCUCUGGUUUUGGAGAGAGCUACAGCCUCUCCAACCCAUCCAUUCAUGCCGGUGAAGAGAUUCCUCAGCCGACCAUCUUCAACGGCAAACUCAAGGGUUACCAGCUCAAAGGCAUGAACUGGCUGGCUAACCUCUAUGAACAGGGCAUCAAUGGAAUCCUGGCAGAUGAGAUGGGACUGGGGAAGACAGUCCAGAGUAUUGCCCUUUUGGCACACCUAGCAGAGAGAGACAACAUCUGGGGUCCAUUCCUGAUCAUUUCCCCUGCGUCCACGCUCAACAACUGGCAUCAGGAGUUCACCCGCUUCGUGCCCAAAUUCAAGGUGUUGCCGUACUGGGGAAACCCUCAUGAUCGUAAGGUGAUUCGGAAAUUCUGGAGCCAGAAAACCCUUUACACACAAAAUGCUCCAUUCCACGUGGUUAUCACAAGCUACCAGCUGGUUGUCCAGGACGUCAAGUAUUUCCAGAGGGUCAAGUGGCAGUACAUGGUGCUGGAUGAGGCCCAGGCACUGAAAAGCAGCACCAGUGUUCGGUGGAAAAUUCUCCUGCAGUUCCAAUGUCGAAACAGACUCCUGCUCACAGGGACACCCAUCCAGAACACAAUGGCUGAGCUGUGGGCCCUGCUGCACUUCAUCAUGCCCACACUGUUUGAUUCCCAUGAAGAGUUCAACGAGUGGUUCUCCAAGGACAUCGAAAGCCAUGCUGAAAACAAGUCUGCCAUCGAUGAGAACCAACUUUCCAGACUUCACAUGAUCCUCAAGCCUUUCAUGUUGCGCAGGAUCAAGAAGGAUGUGGAAAACGAGCUCUCAGACAAGAUUGAGAUCCUGACUUACUGCCAGGUGACAUCCCGGCAGAGGCUGCUCUACCAGGCCUUGAGGAACAAGAUCUCUAUCGAGGACCUGCUCCAGUCGUCCAUGGGCACAGCCCAGCAGUCUCACAGCACCACCUCUUCCCUCAUGAACCUGGUCAUGCAGUUCAGGAAGGUGUGUAACCAUCCUGACUUGUUUGAGCGCCAAGAGACACGCUCUCCGUUCCACAUGUCCAUUAAGCCCUACAUCAUAUCCAAGUUUGUCUACCGCCAUGGUCUCAUCCACGCACAAAACCAGGCCAAAAACAAAUUGCUGCAAGUGCUGUUGUCCCCUUUCUCUCCAAACCACAUCCAGCAGUCUCUCUUUCACAGAAAAGGUGAUGACAAAGGAAGUUGUUUUUCUUUCCUGCGCUUCAUUGAUGUGUCACCCGCUGAGAUGUCCAACCUUAUGCUGCAAGGCACCUUAGUGAGAUGGUUAGCCCUUUUUCUGUCUCUGAAAGCUGCAUACCGGCUCCACUAUCAGCGUCUGUUUGGCCUUGAAGAAAAGAGGCACCAGGAAGCCAGAGAUGGGGAGGGGGAAAGAGGCUCAUUACACCCCAGGAUUACGUGUCUGUCUCAAAAGGACCUGAUUCUGUGGCUGAACAGACCCACUGCCUUUCCCAACACGCACACCAGUCCUGUCCUCCAGGAACUGGUUUUCACAGCCUUGAGGCCUGGCAUUGUGGGACACACGGAUGAGAAAAUCCACAGCAGAAAUUCUACCACUUUCACAGUGCGGCCAUGUCGGCCCACGUUACCACCAAAGUUCCUGCUCGCUGCCACACCCCGGGUGACAACAGUUCCCAUGGAGCGUUACUGUAACGACCGCAGUGCAGAGUAUGAGUGGUGGGUGACACGCAGUGGAGGGGGCACAGUCUUCAAAAACUGCUUCCUCUACGGCUCACCUGAGCUUGCGUCAGACUGGCGUAUGAGGGCCAAUGCCUUCCACCCACAAUGCCCUGGGGGUGUGAUGGCCCUCUACCCUCGCCACGGAUGGUCCUUCAUUCAGAUACCUGAUAAGGAGAGCCUGAUCACUGAUAGUGGCAAACUCCACACUUUGGAUAUUCUGUUGAGCCGGCUAAAAGCACAUGGACACCGAGUUCUCAUCUACUCCCAAAUGACACGCAUGAUAGACCUGCUGGAGGAGUACAUGGUUUAUCGUAAGCACACCUACAUGCGCCUUGAUGGAUCCUCCAAGAUCUCGGAACGCAGAGACAUGGUGGCUGACUUCCAGAGUCGGACGGACAUAUUUGUGUUUCUCCUGAGUACAAGGGCCGGAGGGCUUGGCAUUAACCUGACUGCCGCUGACACUGUCAUCUUCUACGACAGUGACUGGAACCCCACUGUGGACCAGCAGGCCAUGGACAGAGCUCACCGGCUGGGUCAGACCAAGCAGGUCACCGUCUAUCGCCUCAUCUGUCAGGGAACCAUCGAGGAGAGGAUCCUGCAGCGGGCCAAGGAGAAAAGCGAGAUCCAAAGGGUGGUGAUCUCCGGAGGAAACUUUAAACCAGACACACUCAAACCCAAAGAGGUGGUCAGUCUGCUGCUGGACGACGAUGAGCUGGAGAAGAAAUUGCGCCAGAGACAGGAGGAGAAGAGGCAACAGGAAGAGUGCAGCAAGGUGAAGGAGCGCAAGAGAAAGAGGGAGAAGUACGCUGAGAAGAAGAAGAACGAGGAGUCGGAGAACAAGAGGAAAAAGGAGAUGAAUCUGGUCAUCUCCCAUGCACCAUCAGCAGACAACUCCAACCUUUCUGCAGACGGUGAUGACUCCUUUAUCAGUGUUGAGAUGGACUCAGCCAUGCCCAGUCCCUUCAGUGAGCGUGUGUGUUUGUCUGUGUCCACUCCUGUGCACGGCCAGAUCUCCCUGAGCAGCGAGCUCCAGCCUGGCUCAUUGCCGCCGGAUGCCGACGCAGACGAGAGCAGCAGUGACAUGCUGGUCAUCGUGGAUGAUCCAGUGUCUUCUGCGCCUCAGUCUCGUGCCACCAACUCCCCCGCGUCUGUGUCUGGAUCAGUCUCUGACAACAUGAAUGGUGUUUCAGCCUCAGACACAGUUAGUCCCGGCAGAGGCAGGUCAGGGCGGAGUCGGGGAAGGCCUAAAGGAUCAGGGGGCGGGCCCAAAUCGGGAGGAAAAGGACGUGGGCGCAAAUCAACAGCAGGCAGCGCAGCAGCUAUGGCAGGAGCCAUGGCCGGUGCUGCGGCUGCAUCAGCUGCAGCUUAUGCUGCGUAUGGCUACAGUGUUUCCAAAGGAGGCCUGACUGCGUCCAGUCCCCUGCAGCCAUCCCUGGGCCGGUCUGGUACCAGUCCAGCCUUCAACCCCAGCAGAAGCUCGUCCCCACAGGCCAAAGGAGGCGCCUCCACCCUGAGUCCUCACAAACAGCUGACCCACAGCCACCACCACAGCAGCCACAGUGCUGUCAGGAAGGGAAAGGGCCCUGGUGGUCCCGGGGCUCGAUGAUGCACUUAAAGACAUGCUGUCUUGCUGUAGAACACACACGCACGCACAUAAACACACAGAGAUAACAGACCCUCUCUCACUGUGAUCCCCACAGACACCCUAGGUGUAGGCUUAUUCUAAUAAAUAGGGAGUAUAGUAUUUAUAGUAACUAAGGCUCACUACCUGGAGGACCAUGCUGUGUUGUAACACACAGUCAUUUUGAAGGUACAGUCUCUACUACCAGCCGCCCUGUGUCUUGCGUCAGAUUUAUUUUCAUGCGUCUGGGUCAGUGGAUGAAAUCUGCCUUGAGUAUUUCUGCUUGCAUAGUGACAACAGUAUCUCCAAGUGCUUUUUUUCAAGAAGACAAUCUGCGAUUUUCUAUUCUUGACAGGAAGCUCUUUUGAUUUGCUACUAAGCAGUAACAAUACAACAAAGACGUGAAUGAACAUGUGUAGCUCAAAGGGCUUUGAAAACCUUGUGUUUGCCAGCAUGGUGAGGCAACGGAGUUUCUGUCAAAUGCACUGAGCCAUGUCUUCCCCCCCCCCCUUUUGUUUUUUUGUUAAUAAUUCUCAUUCAUGUACACUAGGUUAUUUAAUUGUUCUGUAGAUAUUCUCUGUGCAAACCGGCGAAUGAUCCCACAUUUCUACAGAGCUUAAUGUGAAGCCACAUCAGACCAACCAAACAAUAUGUCUACAGUGUUUCUACUAAAGCUUAUUUUUGUAAUAAUCAAUCAUAACCCAAAAAACAACAACAUGGCCGGUCUCACAGUAUAAAUGCAAAGGAAAAUUAAUUAUAUAUUUUUUUUUGCCCAAUGGAAAAAAUGAAUGAAUGGAUGAUUUAAACAUUAUAUUACAAAAUAAGAAGUUCUGGGUUAUGUGGCUACGCUGCUAACAGUACAUUUAUAAAUUCACUCCGAUUAUUUGGUUUUCUAAUAUUUAAGUUAUUUGACCUGUGUUAAAAGUGGGCGGUUCAUGAUAAUUGUGAAUGAGAUAAUCACCUGUGAAACUGUGUAAAUUGUACUGAAGCCAUUUAUUUUUAUUUUUCAGAGGUCACUUUUGUGAUGAUGAGUCUGUGGUUCUCUUUGAUGUCAUUGAUGUUUUAGGAAAAAAAAAGGUUUGCAUCAGUGUCCUACGUUGAGCACUACAUCCGUUUAGAGGUUUGAUUGUUUUUCGUGACGAUAGUGUUAUUAAAAUAUGUUGUUUAAUAUUGAUGUAAAUACUAAUAAGAGCAACAUUUCCUCUGGCUUUUCCCUCAUUUGCCCGUCUAUUUUUAUAGGUCAUGUACAUAUAAAGAAAUGCAUCUGCCAUUUUACUAACAGGAGGAGCCAACUGGAAAUAAAAAAAAACAGUGCUAAA